AUGGCGUCAAAAGCCAAGAAGCAAACUGGGGAGUCCAGGGCGGGGAAACCAGCACGACCCAAAAAGGCGCAGAAUGGAGCCAACGUUGAAGUCGUGGAGGUGCCACUGCGAACGGAUAUCCUCUGUGGUAAGGACAAGUCAUGUGUUUCUCAUGAAGGUUCUGUCAACUUCAGAAAGACGAUUGACAAGUAUCGCGAAAGAUACUGCAGUGAAGAAACAAGCAAGCAAGAGCGAAUGAGCAUCACAAAAGAAAUUGUGGCCAAGUUGAGCAAGAGUUCUCGGUUCCUCAAGUAUGACACCAAGGACCAAGUGUGGAAGACCAUUACAGCAUUGGCUGCAAGAGACAAGGUUUCCCAUGCACUGCGGUUUGCCAAUCUCAAGGAAAACCGGAAGCUGGGAAAAUGCAACGAUGAUAAAUCAAAGCCAACUCGUCGUCGUGUUUCCACAUCAUCCGAGAGUUCUGCUGGCUCAGGUCCGAAGGCACAAUCUCCUGAAGAUGCCAAGUUCUGGAACUCCUUGGUAUCAAGACAGACAAAGCUGCUUGAAUCCAUCAAGAAGGGCGAGAAGGAAGCAAUCCCCGCGGUUGUUGAGCUCCCAAACAUCCUAGUGACGAUCCCUGCAACGGAAUCGGCAGAAGAUGAAGCCAAAUACGAUCCACUGAGCAUCGACGACAGCAGCUUUGAGCACAACCCUACCUUUCAAGACUACUGCUUGCAGCUAUACCCUUCCGAAGAUUCCACCGUCGCAUCAACUGCAGUCGUUGAGGGCACCGACGGGGAGGAUGUUGGCCAAUAUGAUGACGGCGACUAUCUGCUCCCAGAUGACGGCAAGUGCACUGGUGAUGACAACGAGAGCGCACGCAAGUGCCUGUACGAAGACCAAAGUCAAAGCGAGGAUUCACCAGGUAUCAUGGCCCAGUCUUGCGGCGAAGAAAUCGCUUCCAUGAUUUCACAGCCACUCAUGGAAUGGGAUCUGGAGCAUGAUGGGAUCUUCAUAGAGGAGGUCUGA